AUGAGCAGCAUGUUUCAGGAGAUCUUGGCCUUCAUGUUAACCACCUCAGGGUGGGUGCUGGUGUCUUCCACCUUGCCGACGGACUACUGGAAGGUGUCGUCACUUGAUGGAACCGUCAUCACCACAGCUACUUACUGGUCCAAUCUGUGGAAGGCCUGUGUCACUGAUUCAACAGGAAUCUCUAACUGCAAAGACUUUUCCUCGUUGCUGGCACUGGAUGGUUAUAUCCAGGCAUGCAGAGGACUGAUGAUUGCAGCCGUCUGUCUGGGUUUUUUUGGUUCCAUAUUUGCCCUUGUUGGAAUGAAAUGCACCAAAAUAGGAGGAACUGACAAAAACAAAGCCAGGAUCGCCUGCUUUGCUGGUGUUGAUUUCAUUCUUAGUGGCCUCUGCUCACUGUCAGCGUGCUCCCUUUACGCACAUCAGAUAACAUCAGAGUUUUUUGACCCAAUGUUUGUGGCACAAAAGUAUGAACUGGGUGCUGCUCUCUUUAUUGGCUGGGCAGGUUCUAUCCUCUGUAUCCUCGGAGGCAGCAUGCUCUGUUUCUCCAUUGCCGAUUCUUUUACCAAAAGCCACAGUCAGGCAAACUAUAUCUACAAAGGCGCUGCCUCGCAUUCUCAUCUCUCCUCCUACCCGAGAGGGCAGGCAAAGUCUGUAAACCAGAGGCCGCCUCCAGACUACAGCAGCUCCUCCAGGAUUCAGCACUUUGAUAAGAAUGUAUACGUUUGAGGGAUGUUGAAUAUAUAACACUUUUAGUCGAAGCCACUGGUGAGUCUUAAGAGAUAUACCUAGUCUAAAAGAUAUAGAGCAGUGCAUGAAACCUUGUGGUCUCUGUCUCACAGGGGAUUAAGUUUAAAAUAUUUACAUGUUUCUUCCAGGGGUAUGAAUUUAAAAGUAUAUGAUAGAGUUUACUCUCUGAUUUUGGAGAAUUUGUAUUUUCUAUGCCGGACACAACUUUUGCAUUUGAUAGUUACAUAUUGCUGUGCAUUGAAUAUCUUCUCACUUAAAAACAGGAUGUGUCUCAUAAUUAAACAGCAAAAAACCCAAAACAUUUGGUCCAAAAUGGGUCUUUGUAAUCUAAUGUCUGCAUCAUUUUCUAAUUCAGUCGCUAUAUAUGGAAAUAAAGUUUGUAAUAUUUUGUAAGACAUUUGCUUUGGUGGUUGUAUCUUUAACUGUAAGUAACCCACGCAUGCUGUUAAUCUGUAAUGACAACAUUUAAAGUUGUGUCAAACACUGUAUUUUUGUUUAACAUGGCGUAACCAUUAACUAUGAUUUUGUAAUAAUUGGAAGUUUAAGAAAGUAAAAAAAAAAAAGGACUGCAUCUUGUCAUUGUUUCUAAUUAUGUAAAUGUGUAGUGAAUGAUGAUAAGAGUAUGAAUAGAAAUAAAACAGAUUAGAUGAGUCUG